GCCCCUCCCUUUGACAAGCUGCUGUCAUUUACUAUCACACUUAAAGCGUCCGGAUUGCCGUGUAUAGUCUGCCGCCCUGUCCUCACCGCAGAGGUAGCCAGCUGAUGAUGACCCUCGAGGGAAAAGCCCUGGGAAAGCGGAAGUGUGGCCUGCUUGUGUUGCCAGCUGACUGCGUGCUGCUAGCUAGCGCGGAACAGCGCUGAGAAGUGUAGCUGACGGAGCUGCUGCGUUUUUUUCGUCUUAAUAUUUGAAACGUACAGUAAGAAAUUAAGAGAGUGGGGAGAGAGGGUGUUGUAGUGGUAGCACGUGCUGUCCUGAGACAUCUCUGAGAAGACGACAGUGGAAACGUUCCUCUCCGUUGGAAAGUUGGAAUAAUUUGCGCUCAUUGUUAUCCCAGUCAUCCAUCACCUCCAGCCCUCGUCCGUCUGUACGGCCAGUGUCUGGAAGCUGUAACCAUGACGACAGGCGGGUGUUGCCACCUGCCUGGCUCUCUGUGCGAUUGUGCCAGCAGCACAGGGCUGUGGAAGAGCGUGGAGGAAGCGGGUGGCGAUGGAUGCCAGGCACUCUACGUCACCCAGGUCACAGCCAUAGAUGGACGGCUGCUGUCCUCUGUCCUCAAACCCAUGAGCAUACAAAGUGAUGGUCCAAUCUGCCGUAUAUGUCAUGAGGGAGGCAACAGCGAGACUCUUUUGUCCCCGUGCGACUGCACAGGGACGCUGGGCACGGUGCACAAGAGCUGCUUGGAAAAGUGGCUGUCAUCUUCCAACACCAGCUACUGUGAGCUCUGUCACACAGAGUUCAGCAUCGAGCGCCGACCGCGGCCUCUCACAGAGGUAACAAAGUGGCUCCAGGACCCUGGUCCUCGUAACGAGAAGAGGACACUUUUCUGUGACAUGGUGUGCUUCCUCUUUAUCACGCCUCUAGCAGCCAUCUCUGGUUGGCUGUGCCUGCGGGGGGCUCAGGACCAUCUUCAGCUGGGAAGCUGGCUGCAGGCCGUCGGCCUCAUAGCCCUCACUAUUGCUCUCUUCACCAUAUAUGUCCUCUGGACCCUGGUAUCAUUCCGCUACCACUGUCAGCUGUACUCUGAGUGGAGGAGAACAAAUCAGAAAGUCCGUCUUCUCAUUCCUGAAGUCAAAGAGUCUAACUCUUCCCAGCAUUCCUUGCUCUCUAACAAACUCACAAAGAAGUCCGCCAACGAGAGCAUAGUAUGAGACAGGAUGGAGAUGUGUGGGAGCUGGCUCUUGAUGCAUUGUGCCUGCUGGCUUGACUUCAAAGCAGCACUUGUGGGCUUUUUUUUUUUGUUUUUCUUUGCAUACUUUUUCACAUUGCCCUUUUUUACAAGUCUGUCCUCUUGUAGGUGCAGAAUGAGUACUUUCAAAUGAGGUCUGUCUGUCCUCAUGAUGGGUGUUGACCAAGAUUAUGCAAAGGCACAGAAGAAAGGGAAAACGCAUGGAGAUGAUCAUGGAGAAAUUAUUACCAUCACAUCAACGUGGAUGUAAUUGCUUAGUUAUAGGACAUAACUGAAAACAAGAUGAGGAAUGGACCAAGUUAACUUGUUAAGAAGACUGACUGAGUCUCAGUGAAUGUUUCAUUAGUUGUGUGCUGCUGCGGCAUAUAUGUGGACACCCAAUAACGUACACGGGCCUUCUAUAUUCUGCACAACAUCUGAGGAGCUCUGUGUGAUCACAUAUUAUUCUGAGAAGGACAAAUGAAAAGCUCAGAUCUUUGGUUUAUAUUUCACAAUCCAGACUGAACUUGAACUUAAAUUUGUUUUCGAGCAGUUUUUUUUUUUAACAUCUCCGUUCAAGAAUUGUGGCUGCGUAACAUGAGUAAAACCAGAGAUUGUGCAAUAAAAACUGUGGACAUGGAUGCUGUAACAACAUGUGAAGGGGCCUUUACCAACAUGCACAAAUAUGCAUGCAAGCAGCAAUGUUAAAUACUGUUGUGAGUUUUUUUUUUAUUAUUUUUUAUUAGUAAGUGCAUUUUUUAAUCCACUUUAAGAAUGGCUGGAUUUACUACUCCUACUGACGUAGGCUUCAACAGUGUCCUCAUUGAGGUUCUUGUAUCAUCAGCACUUAAGAAAGUAGGGGUUUUAUAUAGAUGGAGCUUAAACUCCAUCAAAAUGGCCUUUAGAGGAACAUUUCCACCAGUGGUUUCUAAUGGCUGGUGCAGUGUACUAAUAUAUCUUUCUUUUUGUUAGUAGAGGUACUUAAUGAUUGGCUUUUGGCUCACAAAUUCAUGCAUGUGUCUACUUUUCCACAAUUACAGUAAUCAGGGAUUUAGAAACUUCCUGCAAUCUUUCAUCAUUCUCUCAAAGGUAGAUCUUUUUCUUUAUUUUUUUGGUGUGACUUUAACUGGUGUUGCUGAUCAACCAGUCAGAGCUGAUCAUCUCAGAAAAACACAAAACUGUGGAGUGCAACUGGUAUCCAGAUUUUUAGGCCACAACCUGGUCCACUUUUAACAUUUCUUUGUUCCACUCAAUUUAGGUUAUGAGGAGAUGGUUAAUUGCCUCUUAUGCACGCAGUGGUCUGCCCAAAGGGAGACAAGCUCCAAGGUAAUUACAAUAGUGUUUAAAAUAACUUCUUUUGUUACAAGCUUAAAUCAGUGGACCUGACGUAGAACCAUAACCCCAAAAGCAAAGUCUCUAAGAUCACAGCUGUAAAUGUCCAUUUCCAGAUACCACAGGGGUCAAAAGGCAAGCCCGGUAUUCUUGUGCAAAUCUUUUUCAUUCACAGAUGUGUUAAAAGUGGCAACUGAGAAUAAUCAGUUUAUUUAUUUUUGUACUUUUUGAAUCACAUGAUAAGUUACUGACCUGAUUUGAUUCUUCAUAGUGUUUCAGUUUUUGUAUAUUGGAUCCAUUUUGCCGACUCACAGAAUAUGAACACAUUGUAAUUGCAUACAGAAUAUUACUCAUGGUGUAAAGAGGCCAAAGCUUGCAAUGCUCUGCUCAAAUGUUCAAAGUUUUUCUAUUUGAAAUACACAUUUAUUUUAGAACAAUCAGACUUGAGUAAUUUGUUUAUGUAAACUGAUGUGUGGUGGUGCAGAAGUCACAAGUAGCUGAUGUGUUUUAAAGGUGGGAAAUACUUUUGUUUUUGUGCUAUCUAUUAGUAACAUGAAAAAGUGUUAAAAGCUUUAGUUGGGGCUGUUGUGUAAAAGCAGGGUGUAUUGCAGUAGAGCUGUUGGGGAGAAAAUGCAUGGCAGACAAUGACCGCUGACAGCUUGGCAUAAUCAGUAACCAGUAGCUGUAAAAGUCAUCACCUCGCCCUGGUGUACUGUUUACACUGCCCGUGCACUUUGAUACGUAUAGCUCCUAGUGGGCCAGCCCACAGUUAAAAACUUGUUUAUGUUUUUGACUGACCUCAGGACAAAGGAUUAUAAUACUGCAAUGCACCCAGACAUUCGAUGAUCCACAUGUUUACUGUUCCUGCUCGUCAUAAACAAGGAUUUACCACAGGAAGUAUUAGGAUCUGAUGUGGCACAGAUGCGAGGCACUGUAAAGAAGAGGAACAAGAAGGAAAUCUUUUAAUUGUAUUUCCUUUUAUGGAAAUGUGUUCAAGUUGCAUUAAAAUUAUGCAGCGUUGCUCCCCUCUUUGACUACCUGCUGAAUCCUGUUGGUGUAAUAUGAUUUGAAAAUUAUCCUUUCUCCCAAAAACUGCUUCAGACUCCCUAAAUUCCAUGAUUCAGAUCCAGGAAAUGUUUUGUAAAUCAUUGUUUGCUUUAUUCACACAAAUGAACACAGAUGCAACAUGAAUAACAGCAUUUUUUUCUUUUUUUUCCCCCCCGGAAGCAGAGAUUGCUAAUACGUAUAAUUUGUAAUUAAUGUCACAGUUCUUACAUUAUUAAUGUUACAAUGUUAAUCACGUGUAGUGGGAAACAAAGGAUGUUUACACCGAAAUACUGGUACCUGCGGUCGGCCAAGAACUGUUUGUAACACCACUAAAACAUAAUAAAUUCUGAGUUGAGAAUCUGGA